AUGCAAACUAAUACCAAUGUUGCACCAGACACUGCUACUAAUUCCGUGGUAGAGAAUUCAAGGAUAUCAACUCCAGUCGGCAUACUCUCAAUCAUCAGCUUUAUCAUAGGCGCUGCACUAGUGGCGUUACCAUAUUCUGCAUAUCAUAUGGGUAUUUUUACCAUUCCAUACCAUAUUUUCAAUUGAGUCUGAGCCAUUUACUCGAUUCAUCUGUUUCUAAAAUGAGCAGAAGUGACAGGUCAUGACUCGACAGCUCGGAUUGGGUGUGAAGUGCUGGGAAAGUCCUCGUUAUACUUGGUAAACUCACUCCAAAUAAUCGUCUUCGGAAUGUUACCUAUUGCCUACUUGAUUAUCAUAGGCCAAUCUUUAAGUUCAAUGCUGAGGUGGAUAGAUAAAAUUGAUAGCAAGUACAGACACUCCCUAGGCGAUCAAUGGUUUAGUAUCGUUGUGCUAUCACUCUUGUUGGCUCCUUGGAUAUUCAAAAGGAAGUUUGAAGAUCUCAAAGUGAUUGGAGUGAUACUAUUCUCUACAACAAUAAUAUUUGCAACUUCAUUUUUCUUCUUAUGAGUCUUCUUUAAAACCCCAUGGCUCGAUCACUAUCAAAAUAUAAAUUGGAACAAAUUAAUGAAACCUGAGUUUGACAAUGAGUUCUUUGCAUCUUUGUCAACCCCUCUGGUAGCAUAUGGGUUCCAGUCAGCAUUCUUCCCAGUUUACAACAGUUUGAAAGAGAAGAAUUACACUCAAGGCAUUAUCUCAACUAUUUUGGCGAUGACUUUUUGAUUUCUCAUCUAUAUGAUGGUUAUUUUUGCAUCCCUGCCUACUUUCGGAGAGGAAAUUUGUAGAGAUGUUCUCCAUAAUUUACAUAGUGAUGGUAAUAGACAUUCUUGGCAAGGUAUCCUUCUCAAAAGUCUCUACAUAGUCAUCUUGAUAGGACAUUUCCCAUAUGUGUUUCUGAUGGCCAAUAAGUCCCUUCUUGGGAUAAUAGCUUUGCUUUGCAUUAGAGGAGAAACGCAAAACGAAACUGAGAAUAUUGAGUCUGGAGAAAGUUUCCAAAACCCACAUGUAAGGAGCAGAUUAGUUCCUACCGAAAGAGUUCAAUUGCUUUCAGCUGAAAAUAAUCAACAAUAUGAAGCUGGUCAGCUUCAUAAGCUAGCAGCAAAGACCCAAGACUAUGAUGAGCUAAACCAUACUGAUGAAAGUAUGAUUGAAAUAGAGAAUUCUAAACCAUCGGAUACUAAUCUUGAAUUUGGAAGCAAUAGCUUGAUCCAGGUUCUGUCAGCAGAAGACACCAACGUAGAAACUGUCUCUAGUAGCUGGAGACGCUUAAUCUACUAUUCAGUGACUAUCUCCUUAUACCUAGUCAUUGUGCUAUCGGCAUGUUUUAUUCAUAAUGUGGAAUCUGUCAUCAGGCUGGUAGGCUCAAUUGGUAAUUCAUUUUUGAAUUUUACUUUUCCUGGAUUAUUCUAUUUCGUGAUCAUGCGAAGGCAUGGUGUGAACAACAGCUGGUGGCAGCUAGGAUUAGCCCUCACCCUAUGCAUCUAUGGAAUAGUUACAGGAAUUUUACUAACAGGGUUUAAUAUUUUUGUGCACCCUGAAGUUAGAGUAAAAGAAUGAUUAGAUUAAGAUUUCAUCAUAUAUUGUAAAAUCUGUUAAUUUAUCAUGACAAAGU